AUGGACAUGCAUGUCGAGAUGUCCUACUGCUGCUUCAAGGCAUUCACGACACUGGCCAUGAACUACCUCGGCGUCGACUCACACCCGCUGUUCGACGCUGUGGAGGAGCUGCUGCAGGUGGUGGAGAUCACGCUGGCCGAUGUCUCCAAGUGCCUAAUGGUGUCCAAGCACGCCGACCAUGGCGUGGACGCUUGCCUUGCGUGCCUCAUCGACGAGCUCAAGAAGAAGGCCGCGGAGAAGGAAACGAAGAACUCUGAAGAGGAGGAAGAAGUGGCUGCGUCCAUGGACAUGAAGCCAAAUGAUACAUCCACCAGUGGACGAAGGGUGAUUGACGCGAAAUCUAUCUGCAGGGUCAAGAAGGUUGUCAAGGAGGAGGAGGAGGGGCGACGUGUUGAUGAUAGUUCCAAGCUGGUGGCAGCAGCUGGCACUGUAGAUGCAAAUGAUUAUGGCGACAACGAUGACUAUACAGACGAUGAUGACGAUGGCAUGCAUAACUAUGACGAUGACGAUGAGGAUGAUUUUGACGACGACGACGAAGACCUUUUUGACGAGUAG